AUGGGGAUUAAUACUCUCAUUAUAUGCAUUGUCUUGGUAGUCUUGUGUUCGAGUCCUGCCAAUGGGCAGCUCACUUCGACAUUCUAUAAUAAUACGUGUCCCAAGGCAUUGUCGAUGGUCAGAGCUGCGGUGAAACAAGCGCUCGCCAAGGAAAAGCGCAUGGGUGCAUCAUUAGUCCGCCUUCACUUUCACGACUGUUUCGUUAACGGGUGUGAUGGGUCGAUACUGUUGGACGACUCUGCAAACUUUACAGGCGAAAAAACUGCCGGUCCUAAUAACAACUCUGUGAGAGGAUUCGACGUGAUAGACACCAUCAAGACUCAACUGGAAGCAACUUGUACUGGAAUUGUUUCUUGCGCCGACAUUUUAGCCAUUGCUGCUCGUGAUUCAGUUGUUGAAUUGGGAGGGCCAACAUGGAGAGUACAGCUGGGCAGAAGAGAUUCGAGAAAUGCAAGCUUAAGCGGUGCAAACAGCCAAAUUCCUGCACCUACAUCCAACCUCAGCGCAUUUAUCUCAUCUUUUAGUAAUAAGGGUCUUUCUACAAAGGAUAUGAUAGCCCUUUCAGGCGCUCAUACAAUUGGGCAAGCGCGGUGCACCACUUUCAAAGGCCACAUCUACAAUGAAACGAACAUAAACAGUAGCUUUGCCAAUUCUGUUAAAGCUAACUGCCCAAGCACUGGUGGUGACAACAACUUGUCGCCCUUAGAUGUUCAAAGUGCCACCGUCUUUGAUAACAAAUACUACGUAAAUCUUCAAAGCCAGAAAGGACUUCUUCACUCUGACCAGGAGCUAUUCAAUGGAGGCUCUGCUGAUUCUCAAGUGACUACCUAUUCUAACAAUCGAAAUACCUUCUUCCGUGAUUUUGCAGCUGCCAUGGUGAAUAUGGGUAACAUAAGUCCUCUCACUGGUACCAACGGAGAAGUCAGAAAGAACUGCAGAAAACCCAAUUAGGAAGUAUUAUUUCCAGCUUACAGUUCAAUAAAGUCAUGAAUUAAA